AUGAAAGUGCUUUGUCUCCACGGCAAGGGAACCAGUGGCUCUAUCUUCCGUUCCCAGAUUUCCACAUUCCGCGCUAAACUUCCCAACGACGUCCAAUUUGACUUUGUCGAUGGCCCAUUCAAGAGUGAAGCCGCUCCAGGCGUAGAUAUCUUCUACAGUCCCCCAUACUACGCUUUUUGGGAACAUGAUGGCGUCGACUCCGUCCGAGCCACCUACGCCUGGCUGACUGAUCAUAUCGCCAAAAACGGCCCCUACGAUCUCGCGCUCAUGUUCUCCCAAGGCUGUGUCCUGGGCUCCAGUGCUCUCCUAUUCCACCAGGAAGAGACACCUCAUCUCCCGCCGCCGUUUAAAGCGGCUGUUUUUGUCUGCGGUGGCGCCUCGUUGAAUGUGCUUGAGGAGAUGGGCUUCCAUGUUUCUGCUAAGGCGCGUGAACGUGAUCUUGCAUCCCGGUCUGCGCUAGCUCAACAAGCCAGCUCGUCGACUCUCUUGGCCCAGGGCGGGGAUCGAUGGACUGGUCUCGAGACUUUAAAUGGCGGGCUUUCGGAGGCUGAAGUGCGGAAUGAGAUUACUAGCCCCUACCGUAUCAAUGUUCCCACGGUACAUAUUUACGGCUCGAAAGAUCCUCGGUGGGCGGCCGGCGUGCACCUCUCUGGUAUCUGCGAACCAACGAAACGUCGCACCUAUGAUCAUGGAGGUGGGCAUGAAAUUCCUAGGACGAAUGCUCCAGGGGGCGACGGCGAUUUCCGGCCCACUCUAUUCAUUAUGUCGUGGGAUGAGAUGCUCAAGCUCACGCGGGCCGAGGAGUCCAAGGAGUUCAAGUUAUUCGAGGCGCUUGUCAAUGGGGAUGUCACGGUUGAGGAUACUGUACAGUGGAUCAUAGCGACGACAAUGGACAGACUGGAAAACUACGGCCCAGGAGGAACAAUCGAGAAAGCUGACGCAAUAACAUUCAUAGCUAUCCUUGAGCUGGCUAUGCAAAUCGAUACAACUCAGUAUGGUCCGUUGGUCGAGUUCCUGGGAGAAUUAAAGCUGUACAAUGCUGUCGAUUCAUCGACUGGACUGGUUCUAAAAUCACAGGACGGAAGCAGAGUAUGGUCACAUCUACCAUCUCUUACAUUCUGGGCUCACGAAAUAUGGACUGACCAUGAGUGCGGUCGGAUGACACACCUCUGUGAUCCGGAUAUGGAGCCCGAUCAGCAAAUCAGAUGGGCAAAACUCAAUAUCUUUCUCGCGCAAGUGACGCAAGCUGCCGAUGUUGAAUACACUUCACCGUUACAGGUGUGGAUUAGCAAUGCUAUGGAUGAAUCUCACAUGGGACUUUGUGGACUUCGUCAUGUGUUCGAAGAGGGCAUUCCUUCCAAACAAAUUGCCUCUACAGCUGGUCUGCUCAGUGUGUGUUACUGGCUAAUCUGUGCCGGUGACAGACUCUGGGAAAAUGUACUCAAUGGUCGUAAAUACAACAAAUACGAUGGUCGACCAGGAGAAAUGUAUUCAAAUCGUGGUUGGAAGGGCUUUGAACGCGAAAGAUGGGAUAUAUGGGUUCAAGGGCUUCGUGAGGCCAAGGCUACCUGCACAACUGGCCAAGAACUUGUGGAAGACUUGAUAGACCGCGCUCUAUCCAAGAUAGAGUGUGUAAUGAGCAAUGAAAUAUCAUCCCGUUAA